AUGAAUAUGAGUACUAAAACAAUGAAAUCUCUCUAACAAAGUACUUACAAACAUUAAUUACUUUCUGAUGUAUUCUCUGAUUUCAACUUCUAUAAAUAUCGAAGUUAGUCGAAUACUGAAUAAUAUACUCCCCUCAAGGGAUUUCAGAUUGUGAAAUUAAGAGGACCUUCUCGAGUAUCGAUUCAAUAAUCGUAAUAAUCUAUUAAGACAGUUAAAAGCAUUAAAAAAAGAAAUAAUUCUUAAAACAGUGUCAGAAUUGAUCUCUUUAAACAUGUUACAGAAAUGGAUGACUAUGGAAUGCAUGAAAAACUUAUGAAUCUUUUUGAAAUCGAUCUAAAAAUGCGCAAGAACUUGGAAAUCAACAGAAUGAUAGUGCAGGAUAAAUAAUAAUCAUCAGCUUAAUUGGAUGAGAUCUAUUAAGAGAUAUUAUUAAUGUUGAGCAACACUAUCGAAAGAAUACAUCAAUAUAUCAAUGCAAACAAUCUCGAACGCUCAGAUUUGAAAAAGGCUCAGCGUAGAACUGCCAUCGAAAUAGAACACCAGUUGCAGGAGUUUGUCAAUAUGAUGUUAACUGCUAUUGCCAAAAGAGACAUGACUUUGGCAAGACUAACAGAGAAUGCUUGGAAACUGAUUUGUGUUGCAAUAGAAAUGAUAUUACAAAAUGGGAAGGCAGAACAAGAAUAUAUUCAAUAAGAAGUAUUAAAUGAAUUAUAAUAAGAAGUUGUGCAUUUAAAAUAAGAGAAUGAAGAUAUCUAUCAUAAAUAUAUGGAAGUCUCUGAAUUAAAUAACAAAUUAACUCAAUAACACAAGCAAGAAAUCAAUAUUCUGACAUAUUAACUAAAUAUGGCCAGAGUUGAAUUUAAUGAUUAUAAAUAAAGUCAAGAAGCCUUGGGCACUUUAGAGCAUGCCACAGGAAGUCUUAAAGAUGUAGAGCUCAAUCUCAAGGAUACCCAUAAGAUAUUAAAUAAAAUCGAAGAGAACAUUAGCAAUAGAGAUACUUAAUUGUUUUAGACAUUGAAGUCUGUAGUCCAAUAACAUAAAAUGGAUAAGGAUAGUCAAAUGAAUAAGUCAUAGAAAUUAAUUAAUAGAUAUUAAUUAAAGUCCUUAAAUACUAAAUAGUGCAUAAUUGCAUCAGAAUAUUUCAAUCAUCCUUUUGUGUAGUAUUUGGAUCUAAAUUUUGAAUACAAUUAAUAGGAUGAAAAGUGUCUAUAAUAAUUGCUUGUAGAUUGGUUUAAUUAGGAAUGUGUGAAACCUCAAUUUGGAACUCAUCCAGCUUAAUAGAGAUUAGAAUAAAUAAGCACAUAUGAGAGGAAAAGCAAUGCUGAAAGUUUUAUACAUUUUUUAAUUAAAAACGAUAAUCUAAAUCAAUUACAAAACUGCAUCGCUUACAUAAGCUAAAACAUAGAGAUGGGUGAUUUAAAUUCACUAAAUAAAGUAGAAAAAUAUAGUAGAUAAUUAUGUAUAUUUUUUGGAGUUAUAUUUCAAUUCGAUAUCAACAACAUUGAAAUUGAUUUGUUAACAUACGAUCGAAUUCGAUUUUUGUAUUCAGGCCUAAUGUAAACCAAUUAAGAAGAAUAAACUUAAAAUUAAAACAAAUUCUAAUGGUACAAUUUUGUUGUUUAAAAUUUGAGUGAAUUGUGUGCUUAAAUAUUUUUAGAUUACUCAGAAAAAGUUGCCAAUUCAUAGUAGACAAUUGCUUAAAUUUUAGUAUUCAUUUUGUAAAGUGAAAGUGAUAAACGAAAACAUUAACUAAAGAAAUUGAUUGAUGAUUUCAAGAGUGUGGAUAUUGAAUUGAAUCUGUAAAGAGAAAGAAUGUUCAAGUUUGUCAAAGAAUUAUGCUCAUUUUACAAUUAUCAAUAUAAUGAAUUGCAAGUGAUACAGUAUGCAUAAGCAUUAUUUGAUCGUUACAUUAGAGUUUAUCAAACAGGAAGAAAAAGAAAUGGUCUUGAAAUCGGAGAGUGGAUUAGCUUUAUUUAGGAAUUAUAGUCAGUAUUGAAUAAAUUGAUUUAAAUUAAACCUCAUUUGCAUCAUUAAAUCUUUAUGCUUGAAGAUCUUCAAUAUGUGAAUAAGGAAUUCUAAGUGCAUACUCGAACUUCAUAGAUUGAAAGAAGGGAAUCCUAAAUAAGAAAAAAAUGA